AUGUUGGUGUCGACUCCCGCGGGCCCGGGCGGCGCUCUAGUGGGGCGGGGGGCGGCCACCGGCGGGGGCCCGCGGGGCUCGGGCGCCGGAGGGGGCCGGCUGGGGGCGCUGCUCACCGUGGACUACUACAACCGCACGCUGUCCGGCUGGGAGCCCGUCGUGGAACCAUGGAGAUUCGAGACAUCGUGGGAGUACACUCUAACGAGCGAGCUGUCGCUGGGGCGGGUGCAGAUGGAGGUGGCGUCCACCGAGGUGCUGAACACUAACAUCACUUCCUCACUCAUCGAGCUGGCCGAGCUGGUGCGCGCCAACUGGACCGCUGACUAUUACGCGCCGCAGUCAUCCGCAACACAGGAGCAGUCUCCCAAGGGCAGUCCGUCCGGCCACCGGCGGCGCUCGCCCUUCGUGCCCUACGCGCUCCGCAACCACACCGGACACCGACUCUUGUUCACCACGCUCGUCACCACUUCCGAUGAGUUGCGAGAGCAGACCAGUUGGUCCGGGCCGGACGACUCGUGGAUGAUGGUGCGCGCCGGCGACACGGAACCGUUCUCGUUCGGACAGCGGCGCGGCCGGCGCCGGGGCCGGGCCGGCGGCGCCGCGCCCGGCCAGAACGCCGCGCUCAACCAGCUCGCGCUGCGCCUCGACGGCUGGUCACCGCCAGACCCAGUCUGUGUCGACAGAGUCGGCGUCUUCUUCAGAAACCUGACGCACACGAAGUCUGGUGCCGAGGCUCGCAUAGUAUUUGAAGUAUCUCUGGAGGGGUCAGCUCGGAAGUUAGUGACGGUGCGGUCGGCACUGCAGCUCGUCAACAAGCUGCCGCACCCCGUGGAGGUCCGGGUGGACCACGCGCCCUCCGCAGCUGCGUGGAGCGGCGGCAGCGUGCGCACGGCGCAGGUGGGCGCGGGCGCGACGUGGGCGGCGCCGCUGUCGGCGCAGCCCGCCGCGCUGUGGACGCGCCCACUGCUGCGCGCGCAGGCCGCGCCCCCUGCGCCCUCGCCCGCGCCCAUCGACUGGCGCAACGCCCCCGGCGACCGCGCCCUGCUGCACUACGAGUGCCGCGCCCCGCCAGACCACGUGUACAGAUUCUGUUGCGUAAUAGUCCGCGAGCGAUUCCCCCCAGACAGAGGCACGCCCAUUGCGGGGCACACGUUGACCUUAGUACCAGCGCUGAGACUGGAGAACCUGCUGCCGCUGGAGCUGCAAUACCGAGCAUGUCCAGCUGUGCCGGGCACGACCACUGUCAACGCAUCCGGCAACAUACCUCCAGGAGAUACCAUGCCUUUCCACGAGGUUAACGUAGAAGAAGGAGUUGAGUUGAGCGUGAAACUGGAGGGCUUCGGCUGGUCGACAGCGCUGGUAGUGUGCGGGGCGGGCGGGGCCGGCGGGGCGGGGUCCGGCGCCGCGGUGGGCGGCGGCGGGGGCGGCUCCUUCACUGCGCGCCUCAAGCUGCGGGACUCGCGCGCCAGGAGGCUGUACCUCAACGCCAGGGUCACCGUCAAGAAAACUGACGGCAUCAAGGUGUCGCUGUCGGCGCCGUACUGGCUGGUGAACCACACGGGGCUGCCGCUGGUGGUGCGCGCGGAGGGCGCGGCCACGGAGGCGGCGGGCCAGUUCGACGAGCACGAGCUGGCGCGCAUGGUGCAGCCGCUGCUGUUCUCCUUCGCGGAGGCCGACGGCGGCCCCACCAUCUCCGCCAGGAUCGGACGAGGCCUGCCCGGCACGCCAGAGUGGUGCUCUCCAUUCGGGCUGGGCGUGGGCGUGGCGGUCAAGAAGUUGGAGGUGCGCGGCGAGGGCGAGGGCGGGGCGGGCGAGCGCGUGUUCGCGGUGGGCGUGCGCGUGCGCGCGGGGCGGGGCCGCUACCGCCACACCAACAUCGCCACGUUCAGCCCGCGCUACCAGCUGCACAACAACACCUCGCACCACCUGCAGUUCGCGCAGAAGUGCUGCGCCACCACGCUGAACGACCCGGGCGCCGUGGCCACGCACGUGGCGGCCGUGGCGGGCUGCUCGCUGCCGUGGCACUGGGCGCGCUGGGACCGCGAGCACUGGCUGUGCGUGCGCGUGCUGGCGCCGGCGCCGCCCGCCGCGCCGCGCACGCAGUGGUCGGGCGGCUUCCGGGUCGACGCCCCCAGGACGCUGCACGUCGCCUGCAGGGAGCCGGGUGGUGGAUACCAAUUCGUGCGCGUGGAGGUGGUGGCGCAGGGCGCCACCAUGUUCGUGGUGCUGACGGACGCCGAGUGCGCGCCGCCCCCGCUGCGCAUCGACAACUACUCCCCCGUGUCCAUCAUGUUCCACCAGGUGGGGUGCGGCGAGGAGUGCGUGGUGGGCGCGCACGGGCGCGCGCGCUGGGCGCUGCCGGAGCCGGAGGCGGCGCGGGCGCUGGCGCUGCGGGCGCCGGGCGGGCCGCGCACGCAGCUGGCGCUGGACACGCUGCCGGCGCAGCACCAGCUGCUGUACCAGAACUUCAUCUACGUGGCCUUCAGCGCCACGCAGCACACCGGCGAGGGCGGCCAGCAGGCGGUGGACGACAGCGUGCUGGUGCUGGAGGUGCCGCUGGGGACCACGCGCGUCGUGCUGGCCAGGAAGCGGUACGGGGACAGAAGUCAGUUAUGGCGGCGAGGCCCCAACGAGCAGCUGAUCCACGAGGGCAGCUCCCCGCCGCAGCCCACGGACGCCCUGCUGUCGGACGAGGCGCCGCUGUCGCCGCACGCCAUGGUGCUGGACAUCGAGGACGCGGCGCCGCGGCCGGGCCGGGCGUCGGCGCUGGUGCUGCGGCGCGCGGACCCCCGGCGCGCCUCCACGCAGGCGUGGCGCCUGCUGCGCCCGGCCGCAUGGCCUGCGCGCACGCCAACCUGUGCGUGCAGCCCGACGGACUCUCCCUCAUGGCGCUCACACCCGGUACUCGAGUCGUCCUGGGGCUACCGGCGUCGGGGCGCGCGGGCUGGUCUCCGACGUCGCCGGUCCCGGCGGAGCAAGCAGUGUCGUGGCACACGCUGCGGCCCGGCUCCGGCCGCCUGGACGUCACGCUGUGCGCCGAUGGACCCACGCGGGUCGUCCAGAUCCACGACCACAAGGAGCCUGUACGUACUGCGCGCGCGCACGCCGCGGCCGCGGGCCCGCACUCAGUGCCGUGUGUGCAGGAGGCGGGCUGGCUGGAGGGCGCGGCGGACGAGGACGAGGCGGGCGCGGGCGCGGGCGCGCGGCGGCGCGGCUGGGGGGAGUGGGGCGUGCGCGUGUCGCUGGCGGGGCUGUCGGUGUCGCUGGUGUCGCGCGCGCCGCCCGCCGAGCUGGUGCACGCGCUGUUCGACGCCGUGCUGCUGGAGCUGGCGCUGCAGCCGCGCAGCCUGGCGCUGGCGCUCGCCGUGUCGCACAUGCAGUGGGACAACCAGUUGCUGGGCACGCCGAGCCCCGUGCUGCUGUACUGCCUGCCGGAGCGGGGCGGGGCGGGGGGCGGGGCCGGGGGCGGGGCGCUGCCGGCGCUACACGCCGCCGUGGAGCUGCAGCGCGCGCCCACCAAGCGGUACAACGCGUACUUCUUUAAACAUCUCGUCGUAG